AAUCAAUUCUAUUUUCAAAAUUCAUUGCAAGACAUCAUCUAUUUCUUUCACCUUCGCCAUCAUCAACUUCGUAUUUUAUCACUUCCAUCUUUAUCGCUCAUCUUCAUUUCCCAAUAAUAUAGCAUUUGAAUGCACUCCAUGUACAUGCAGCAAGCUGGGGCAAGGACUGGUCCAAAUGACCGGUUCUAUGCAGGAGGAAUCAAUGGCAUGAGCAACAGCCAAAUUGCUAUGCAGCUUCAGCAGCAACAGUUGCAUCAACAACAGCAACAGCAGCAACAACAGUUACACCAACAACAACAACAUCAACAGCAGCAGGCUCAGGCCCAAGCUCAGGCUCAAGCUCAGGCUCAAGCUCAAGCUCAAGCUCAGGCUCAGGCUCAGGCUCAGGCUCAGGCUCAGGCCCAAGCUCAGGCCCAGCAACAAGUUCAGCAGCAACAAGCACAACAGCAACAAGUUCAGCAGCAGUAUCGCUUGGCAAGCAUUGAGGAUGAGAAGAUUUAUCAUCUUGUUCUGGAACUGAUCCACCCUGUCAACCGUGAGCAAGCCCUUUUGGAGCUUAGCAAGAAACGCGAGCAAUUCGAAGAGCUUGCAUUGGUUCUGUGGCACUCCUAUGGUGUGAUGGCUGCUCUUCUUCAGGAGAUUGUUGCAGUGUAUCCAUUGUUGGCGCCCUCAGGAUUGACGGCUCAUGCCUCGAACCGUGUUUGCAACGCGUUGGCGCUUCUGCAAUGCGUCGCUAGCCACCCAGAGACUAGGGGACUGUUCCUAAAUGCCCAUAUUCCGCUGUUUCUCUACCCUUUCUUGAACACCACCAGUAAGACUCGGCCUUUUGAAUACCUUCGGUUGACUAGCUUGGGUGUGAUUGGCGCUCUUGUCAAGAACGAUAACACGGAGGUUAUUACUUUUUUGCUUUCGACUGAAAUUAUCCCGCUGUGUCUACGCAUCAUGGAAACAGGAAGCGAACUUUCGAAAACUGUUGCAAUCUUUAUUGUGCAGCGAAUCCUUCUGGAUGACAUGGGACUUGCCUACAUUUGUCAGACAUACGAACGAUUCUAUGCAGUAGGCACUGUUUUAAGCAAUAUGGUUCAUCAGCUUGUCGACACCCUUGCUGUGCGCCUACUUAAACAUGUUGUUAAAUGCUAUCUUCGACUCUCGGACAACCCAAGAGCCCGUGAAGCAUUGCGUCAAUGCCUACCUGAGCCUUUGCGUGAUGGGACCUUCGCUCAGUCCCUGAAGGAUGAUCUUGCCACCAAACGAUGCCUGACGCAACUGCUGAUCAACUUGUCAGAAAAUGCGCCCGCAAACUAAAGUGUUUUUGUGGUGUGCCUGACUAUAUAUAUUGCGUUAAUUAAUACCCAACUCCUUAAUGCUGCCUCUAACAACUGGUGAACCCGUGGACUUGUUCUUCUUUUUACUUUUAUUUGUAUCCUCAAC